AUGUUGCAGCAAAUUCUGAGGGACCUGUACAUUGAUCCGGAGCUGCUAGCCGAGCUGAAUGAUGAGCAGAAGCACAUUCUCUUCUACAAGAUGAGGGAAGAGCAGGUCCGACGAUGGAGGGAGAGGGAGGAAAAGCUUCAUGAAGAAGAGGGACUGAGACCGGUUCGGACGAGAAGAGUAGCUUCAAAAAACGGCAAACGGGUCCAGUGGCUCCGUGGGAACGAUGGCGAAGUCUGGGUUUGGAUCAUGGGGGAAGCUCCUGGAGACAAGCCGUAUGAUCAGAUUUCGGAGGAACUCAUGGCUGAGAAAGCCAGGCAACAGGCCCAGAAGGAAGCGGAUGAACUAUGGAAGAAAAAAGAAGAGGAAAUUACAAAGAAGUUCCGGGAUGCUAUGGCGAAGGAGAAAGCUCGAAUCGUUGCCGAAAAGUGGAAGAUAGAGAUGGAAGAUCGCAAAGCCGCCAAACUCUUGGAAGAGAAAAUCCAGGAGGAAUUAAAGAAACGGGAGGAAGAAGAGAGGCAGAGAGGUGAAGAGCAGAUCCGUCAACAGGAAGGGCGCCGAGCUCAAGAGCUUUACCUGAGCCUCAAACGAGCCCAGCAGUUCUGCCAACACAAUGAAAAGGAGGACCCGGAAUGGGAAGAGCAGUUACGCCGCUCGAAAGCUGCUGAUGAAGAAAUGAGCUGCAGAGCACGGCGGGCUCGGGACGAAUAUCGGCGGCAAUCCUUGCGAGCCAUCCAAAAAGGAAAAGUCGCCGGUCUGAGUAACCAGUUCCAAGGAGCUGCUCUGAAUAAUGAACAAGGCACAAAGCAGGCCAUCACCUGUCCUGUUCCACCAUUGACCAUGACAUUACCAGCCAGCAAAGCUUGGGAGUGGCCUCCAAGGCCUUUCUCCAGAGAUGUCAUCAUUCAGUGGUUCAGAGUGGAGCAGCUUCCACGCCGCGCUGGAUUCGAAAGGAACACCAACACGAUUGCACCGUGGUUUCACGGUAUUAUUAGUCGUCAGGAAGCGGAAGAGUUGCUGAUGAACAAAUCUGAGGGAGCUUUCCUGGUGCGGGUCAGCGAGAAAAUCUGGGGAUAUGCCUUGUCCUACCGCCAUCAGAGUGGCUUCAAACAUUUCCUGGUGGAUGCUUCUGGAGAUUUCUACAGCUUCUUGGGGGUGGAUCCCAACCGGCAUGCGACGCUCACUGACCUUAUUGAUUUCCACAAGGAAGAAAUAAUCACAUCCUCAGGUGGAGAGUUGCUACUGGACCCUUGCAGCCAGACAAAGAACCCGCCAGACUAUAGUCCUUUAUUUGAAUGA